UUGAAAAAGAACAGGUGCAGAUGAGUGUCCAUUUAAAUCUGCUACUUAUUGUGCGCCUGAUUGCAGCGGUAGCAGCAGCUAAAACUCAAUAUAUGUCAAAGCCAAACUGCGAAUCAAAGUGUGGCAACGUUACCAUUCCCUUUCCCUUUGGCCUCACAGAGGCCUGUUCUCUCAACACCUCAUUUAUCAUCACUUGCGACAAAAGCCUUCCAUUCUUGAAUACUACUCAUGAAAUGCGGCUCUUCAAUACUACUGAUGAUGAAAAGGUGCAGGUGCUGGACAUCUCACUCGACGGCCAACUGCACGUUUCAUUGCCAAUUGUCACAAGUUGCGUCACUCCUAAAUCAGAACACAAUUAUAUUUCAAUCAGCUUAUACGCACCUUUUCACCUAUCAUCCAAGCAAAACAAGUUAACUGUAUUGGGCGCUUACACUUUAGGAAUAGUAUCUGAUGAAUAUUCAACAUAUGCUCUAUCUGAUGGAUAUUUAACAUACGCUCGCACUUAUUGCAUGUCCUUCUACAGCAUCAUUUACAACAUCAGCAUUUACAACAGCAGCAUUUACAACAUGACACAUGACGAGUCAUGCUCCGGCAGUUUCUGUUGCGAGACUCCAAUUCAACAUAGGCUAUCCAAAUUCCACUAUACAUGUGUUGCAAAUAUCUUCGACUAUAACUCAACCCAGGAGCCAUUUCAGUCCUAUCCAUGUGGUUAUACAUUUUUGGUUAAGGAGGGAGCCUACAAUUUCUCCAUGACAGAUAUAAAAAAUUUUAACACAAAAAACACGUUCCCUGUGGUUGUGGAUUGGGCAGUGGGAAACACGUGCCUAGAAGCUCAGAAGAAUGCUUCAAGCUAUGCGUGUAAGUCAAAUUACAGUGAAUGUCAAGAUGCAACGGUGGGACCUGGUUACCAUUGUAAAUGCUCCACUGGUUUUCGGGGAAAUCCUUACCUAUCUGAUGGUUGUCAAGAUGUUGAUGAAUGUGCUGAGGAAUCCCACGACUGUUUAAAGGGGAUAUCAACAUGCAGUAACAGUCCAGAAGGGAGCUACAGUUGUUCUUGUCUAAAGGGCUAUGAAGGAGAUGGAAAAAAUAAUGGAAGCGGAUGUGUUAUCAGGAGUAACCGCAAAAUCGUAAUUGCUUUAAGUGUGACUGGAAGUAUAUUGGCACUUGUGGGGGGAACCUUAUACGUGUAUUGCGCAUUAAAGAAAAGAAAAUCCAACAGACUUAAAGAACAUUUUUUUCAACUAAACGGUGGCCUGUUAUUACAACAAGAGAUAAGCAGGUACACUGGAUCAAAUGAAUUGACAAAAAUCUUUACUGUGGAAGAACUAAAAGAGGCCACCAACAAUUUCAAUAAAGAGAUGGUCUUAGGCGAAGGUGGGGAGGGAACAGUUUACAAAGGAAUAUUGCGUGACAAUAGAAUUGUAGCAAUAAAAAAGUCCAGAAUUAGUAACCCAAACCAAAUUGAGCAUUUCAUCAAUGAGGUGAUUCUGCUUUGUCAAAUCAAUCAUAGAAAUGUGGUGAAACUCUUGGGAUGUUGUUUAGAGACAGAGGUUCCCUUACUUGUUUAUGAAUUCAUUCCCAAUGGAACUGUUUACGAGCAUCUCCAUGAUCAAAGCAAAUCUUUAAGACUUACAUGGAAAAGAAGAUUACAAAUAGCAGUUGAAACUGCUGGUGCCUUGUCAUACUUACAUUCUGCUACCCAUGCACCAAUCGUACAUAGAGAUGUGAAAACUUCAAACGUACUACUUGAUCACAAUCUCACUGCAAAGGUUUCUGAUUUUGGAGCUUCAAAGAUUAUUCCUCUUGAUCGAACUCAGUUAACAACCUUGGUGUUGGGGACAUUGGGGUAUCUUGACCCAGAAUACUUCCACUCAAGCCAGUUAACAGAGAAAAGUGAUGUUUAUAGUUUUGGAGUUGUCCUAGCUGAACUACUAACAGGAGAGAAGGCACUCUCUUUUGAAAGGCCAGAGGCUCAUAGAAACCUAGCUAUUCACUUCCAUUCUUCAAUGAAGGAGGAUCGAUUACUUGACAUUGUCGAUGGCCGCAUAAUAGAUGAGACAAAUGUUGAGCAAGUAAUGGAUGUUGCAAAUAUUGCAAGCCAUUGUUUAAGGUUGAAAGGGGAGGAAAGGCCUACCAUGAGAGAAGUGGCAAUGGAACUUGAAGGAAUCUACAUUGUGGAGAAGCGCCAGUGGGAAAAAGUCAACUUGUCAUCGGAGGAGACUGAAACUCUUCUCAAAGCAACACCAUCAUCUUCUUUUAGUGUAGAUGGUGUUAACAGAAGAAGCGUGAAUUCUAGCUCUGAUAUUUUAAACCGAAUUUCCUUCUCCUUAACUAGUGGAAGGUGAUUAGCUGAUAUUAUUACAAGACUAGAUUCAGAGUAAUGGAUGUUAGGUAUUGUAUGUUGUAUUUUUAUUGCACAAUGUGUCAUUAUUUUUAUUAUUAAAUGUUGUGUACUAUUGAUAUACUUUUUAGUUAAUUCAUCAGGAUUAUGU